AUGGCCGCGGCUGCAGCUCGAGUAGCAUUCAUAACAGGCGGCGCUCAAGGAAUCGGUCGAGCCACAGCCAAUAAACUCGCCAGUCGAGGCAUAUCAAUUGUUCUGGCGGACCAGAACGCAGAACGGGGCCAUGCCGCCGCCAAAGACGUGGCCAGCCAAUUUGGUGUCAAGACCAAAUUCGUGAAAGUUGAUGUGACCCAAGAGCAGCAGGUAAAAGAUGGUAUAGGCGAGGCGUUGAAGUUGACGGGACGACUGGACUAUGCUGCCAACUGUGCCGGUAUCUGCGAGUCCGUCUGGGAAGGCGAGGAGGAUGUCACAGUGGAGCUGUAUGAUAAAACUCUGGCAAUCAACACCAAAGGGCUAUGGCUUUGCCAAAAGCAUCAAGCUCUGCAGAUGAGGAAGCAGGAUCCUGUUUCGAUCAGCACAACGCCCGCCCCACGGCAUGCCAUACCAGGUCAACGUGGCUCAAUAGCCAACAUCUGCUCGAUCUCUGGACUGCAUGCCGCCGGCUUGGCUGCAUACACUGCAUCGAAGUACGCUGCAGUCGGCGUGACGAAGACUGGGGCCAAAUUUUAUGGGCCUGAUGGCGUCCGUAUCAACGGGCUGUGUCCUGGCUGGACCAUGACCGAGAUGAUUAUCGGAUCCAUGGGCAAGGAGGGAACGCCAGGUACGAAGGAGAACAACGAGUCGCCAGUCGCUCAGAAGAUAAGUCUGCGGAGAAUGGGGCAGCCGGAGGAGCAAGCAAACGUGCUCAGCUUUCUGCUCAGCGACGAGAGUAGUUAUAUGCACGGUGCAUUACUCGUGACUGAUGGCGGCUUCCACGAUAUCCGUUAG